CUCACACACUCUGAGGCAGGACCCAAGUAAGCAGUGAGCUGCUCCUACCCUGAGGGAGGAUGGCACAAUCAGCAGACAGGCUGCGAUGGUGUUUUGGAGGAAUGAACUCUGCUUCUGAGACCACCCCAUUGCUCAGUACCACUUGCUGGGACCCAGAGCAUAUUUUGCCAUCCACUCUCCGGCAAGUCUUCCCAAACAAUGGUCCUCUUACCCCGAACCAGAGGAGGGUUAUGGUCAGAUUCCCUGGUAACAAGAUCCAGACCACAAAAUACACCCUUCUCAGCUUCCUGCCAAAAAACCUGUUUCAUCAGUUCUACAGGCUGGCAAAUCUUUACUUCUUGUUGCUGGUGAUCCUAAAUUGGUUCCCACAAAUGGAGGUGUUCCACAGGGAGAUCACCAUGGUCCCCCUGAUUGUAGUCACAGCAAUAUCAGCAUUUAAGGACGCCCUGGAGGAUAUCAAAAGAUACAAGUUUGACAAGGUCCUAAACCUCAGAGGAGCCACUGUCUAUGACUGGAAAGAGAAGGACUUUGUGUCAAAGUGCUGGAAAGACGUCCGGGUGGGAGAUUUUGUGAAGGUGGUGUGCAACGAGGUAAUCCCUGCGGACAUCCUCCUCCUCCACUCCUCCGACCCCAAUGGGGUUUGCCACAUCGAGACUGCCAAUUUGGAUGGGGAGACCAACCUGAAGCAAAGGCAGAUAGUGCGUGGGUUCGCAGCCCCAGAUGGCUCUUUUCAACCCGAGUAUUUCAGCAGCAUUAUCUACUGUGAGAAGCCCAGCAACAACCUGAACCGCUUUAAAGGUUAUCUAGACAAACCAGACAAGAAGAAGAUAGGCUUUGGCAAAGAGAACCUGCUGCUGAGAGGGUGUACAGUGAGGAAUACAGAUGAGGCUGCUGGAAUUGUGGUCUACGCAGGCCAUGAAACUAAGGCGAUGCUCAACAACAAAGGGCCCAGAUACAAGCGUAGCAAGUUGGAGAGGAAGGUGAAUACUGAUGUUCUCUUCUGUGUGGCCCUCCUCUUCAUCAUGUGUCUCAUUGGAGCUCUAGGCUAUUUUAUCUGGUUGGAGACAUUUCCGGACAUUCCACCAUUUGUGCCUCCUGACAGCAACAACAACUACAUCUCACCCGCUCUCUCAGGCUUCUACAUGUUUUUCACCAUGGUCAUUUUAUUGCAGGUUUUGAUUCCCAUCUCGCUGUACGUGUCCAUUGAACUGAUCAAGGUGGGUCAGAUAUUCUUCAUCACAAACGACAUUGAUCUGUAUGACGAGGAGACGGACAGCCGCAUCCAGUGCAGGGCUCUCAACAUCACAGAAGACCUUGGGCAGAUAAAGUACAUCUUCUCAGACAAGACGGGCACUCUCACUGAAAACAAGAUGGUUUUCCGCCGUUGUUCUGUAAUGGGCAUUGAGUAUUGCCAUAGGGAGAAUGCACUACGGUUAGGGGCACAGUGCGAAACAAUUUCCGACGACGAAGACAUCGUUUUCCAGAAACCGAAGGUUCCUUCACGUCUGCAGUACCGGCAAAAAAAGGGCAUCAGCUCUCUCAGGCGGUCGCAGAGCGCUCGCACCCACAUGGGCGCCCGCUACCAAUCUGAAGUAUUCACCAUCACCAAUGAAGUAGCCUUUAGCAGCCCACUGGAAACUGACGUGGCUCCAGACAGGAGGCUGCUGCGCGUAACGUGUGAUGAAAAGACCCAGAUUCAGGAAUGGUGUCGUGUCAGCCACUGCAAUGGCAGUGCCUCCUUCAUGGACUUCUUUCUAGCUCUGGCCAUCUGCAACACUGUGGUGGUCUCCACAGCCAUGCUUCCCCGGCAAAGGGUGCACUCUUCUACACUGAAGACAGGAGGUCGCCUGCAGAGUCUGCUGAAGAGAAUGGGCUCUUUAAGCCACAUAGUCAACUCCUUUCAGUCCAUCCCUGAGAAGAGCUCAAAAUCCCGUUCAUCCCUGAAGGAUGUGAAGGAGGAGGAAGCAGAGGACUACAGUGACAGCGGCUCCAACAACCCCAGUCGGAGGAACAGUUCGGCAAGCCACCACAGCGAGGAGGAGAGGGGCACUGUGUCGGACCCCAAUGGCCUUUGUUAUGAGGCAGAGAGUCCAGAUGAGGCUGCCCUUGUGUAUGCUGCUAAGGCCUAUGGUUUCACCCUGCUGGCACGUGCUCCAGACCGUGUGACCGUCAGGCUUCCCCAGGGGGCCGUGCUCAGCUUUGAGGUGCUGGAUACCUUGGCCUUUGAUUCCACCCGCAAAAGGAUGUCAGUGGUGGUGCGACACCCCAUCACCAGGGAGGUCGUCAUCUAUACCAAGGGAGCCGACUCGGCCAUCAUGGAGCUCCUGGAUUGUCACGAAAAUCAGGCAGAAGAGAACAAAAGAAAGAAGAUUGCCUCUAAGACACAAAGGCACCUUGACCUGUAUGCCAGUGCUGGGCUGCGAACUUUGUGUAUAGCCAAAAAGGUUCUGAGUGAACAGGCCUAUGACGAUUGGGCGUCUAUCAGGCAGGAGGCAGAGUCAACCAUCGACAACAGGGAAGAGUUGCUCAUGGAAACAGCAGUUCAUCUGGAGACUAACCUGACUUUGUUGGGAGCUACAGGGAUCGAGGACCGCCUGCAGGAUGACGUCCCAGCCACCAUUGCAGCGCUACGGGAGGCAGGGAUCCAGGUGUGGGUGUUGACUGGCGACAAGAAUGAGACUGCUGUGAACAUCGCCUACUCCUGCAGACUGUUUAACCAAGGGGACAUGGUGUUCACUCUCAACACAGACAGCAGGGAGCAAUGCGAGUCCAUUCUGGACUGUACCCUGGGCGAGGUGAGGAGGUACACCGCACCAUCCCAGUCCUGGAGCUUUCAGUCUAUUGUAGGUGCAGUGAUGCCUACAGAAAGCACUGGGCCUACCUUCGGCUUGGUGAUAGAGGGCCGGACGUUGAGCAUGGUGUUUGAAGCCCACCUGCAAAUGAAGCUGCUGGAGCUGGCCCGUCACUGUCGCUCAGUGCUAUGCUGCCGCGUCACACCUCUGCAGAAGAGUGCUGUGGUCAAAUUGGUGCGCAACAAGCUGAAGGUCAUGACCCUCUCCAUAGGUGAUGGUGCCAAUGAUGUGAACAUGAUCCAAACUGCAGACAUUGGUAUCGGGAUAUCUGGUCAGGAGGGAAUGCAGGCUGUUAUGGCCAGUGACUUUGCCAUCACCCAUUUCAAACACCUCAAGAAGCUGCUGCUUGUGCAUGGACACUGGUGCUACUCCAGACUGGCAAAAAUGGUUAUAUAUUUCUUCUACAAGAAUGUGAUGUAUGUGAACCUCCUCUUCUGGUACCAGUUCUACUGUGGCUUUUCGGGGACAGCAAUGAUAGACUACUGGUUGAUGAUUUUUUUCAACCUUUUCUUCACCUCUACACCACCCAUCAUGUUUGGCAUCAUGGAUAGAGACAUUUCAGCAGAGACUCUGCUAGGUCUCCCUGAACUGUACAAGACUGGACAGAACUCUGAGUUCUACAAGCGAGCCACAUUCUGGAUUGUCAUGCUAGAUGCCUUUUACCAAAGCCUCGUUUGUUUCUUCAUCCCAUAUUGGACUUACCAAGGCUCAGAUAUUGACAUCUUCACCUUUGGGACACCCAUGAAUACGGUGUCCUUAUUUACCAUUCUGCUGCACCUGGCUAUUGAAAUCAAGAGCUGGACGGCCAUUCACUGGGGGUUCAUGGUGGGUAGUGUACUACUCUAUUUCAUCGUGGCUCUGAUCUUCAGCGCCAUCUGCAUUAACUGCAACCCUCCAUCUAACCCUUACUGGAUCAUGGAGAACCAGAUGGCAGACCCUGUUUUCUACUUGGUGUGCAUCAUCACCACCGUUGUGGCACUGCUGCCCAGGUACAUAAUACGGGUCCUGCAGGGCACGCUGGCCCUGUCUCCCUUGGUCCAGGCUCGGAAGCUGGACAGGCUCAGCACAGAGGCCAGAGAUCAACAGAUAAAGAAUUGGAAAAGUCAGAGAAGCCCCUCCGAGGUGCCCACCAACCUGGUAUCCCCUGUGGAUUCUUUCAGCAACUCUUUUGAGCAAUCCUUCUAUAACAGCUCGCUGGAGAGGGAGAUGCCCGACAUGCAAUGGGACAGUAAUGAAGAGACACAGAACACUUUCAGUAAAGGUCAUCGGCGAUCAAUCAGUACCAUGACCGUAUAAGAAGAGGAAAACACUAACAUGGAUGAUAUAAUUUCACCUUCAGGUAAAGGUGAAAUGUUCUUGUUUAUCAACCCCAUAUUGGGGAAUGUAUCGGGCCGGACUACUGAAGUAAUAGGAAAGAUUUACAAUGCAAAAAUAUGUACUAUUUAUGUCCUGCUUUAAUUAAAAUAUUUAUUUUUGAAACUGUAACUGACAUGCUCAGUUAUAGAAAUGUGAAUCUUUUCCACUUUUAUAAUAUGUGGUUAUAAUUAUUGGUCAAACAAAUGGUAAUUAGGAUAACAAAAUGUAUUAGAAAAACUGAGGGAUAUACACUAUAUAUUUGUAUACAGUUGUCUUCUUGGGAUACAGUAUAUCCUACACAGUGUGACUGUCUUCUGUUUAAUAUUUCUAACAUGAAAGAAUGCCAUGGUGGUUGAAUAUAUAUUUAGAAGUACUGUACACUUUGAACAGAUGCUGCCUUUAAUGAUUUUUAUGUGAUGUUUCUUAAUGAUUUAUUCGGUUCUCUUAUUAUGUUAUGCAUAAAUGAGUGCCAUACAGUGGAGGAUUUGGCCAGUGCCCACCGUGUGGUGGGUCUGGGGUUCGAGCCCUGCUUGGGGGGCCUUGCAAUGGA